AUGACCCAAGCCCAGUUCCUCCUGCAAGAUUUAAAACUCGGUCAUUAUCUCAAAGUUCCUCCAAGAACAAUGUUCGUCGCGCAGUGUGUGGCUGCUUUCUGGUCAUCCAUUGUACAAAUAGCUGUAAUGAACUGGGCAAUUUCGCGUAUACCAGAGAUCUGCACACCUCUCCAGCCCAACUCUUAUACCUGCCGUGGCCCUUCCGCGUUCUUCACCACGAGUAUAAUCUGGGGCGCCAUUGGUCCCUCGCGUAUUUUCUCGUCGCCAGAAUCAUACUACCAACCUCUCCUUUAUUAUUUUCUACUAGGAGCUCUCCUACCCAUUCUCACCUACAUUCUAAGUCGAGCAUACCCUAGUUCUUCUUUUAAAUACCUUAUUAUCCCAGUCAUGUUUGGAGGAUUACAACUCAUACCUCCUGCUACAGGGUAUGAUUAUCUAUGUUGGGGAUUUAACUAUGUGACCUCCGCCGCGCUAGAUACCGGUCUAAUACUCUGUACUCUUCUCAUCUUCUUCACAUUAGAACUCACCAAUGCUAAACCACCCCAAAAUAGAGCUGGGGGAAUAGAGAAGACAGAAAGGUAA